AUGACACAAAACAUUGUAUAUUUUAUAGAAAUUGUUGUCUUAUGUACCGUAAUUGGUCGCAUUGUUGGCCAACUAAACGGUAACGGUAUUGUUGGUACGGUUGUUCAAUUUGAUAAUUUUACCGAGUCAUGCAAAAAGGACGUUUGUUGCAAAAUGUUAAUCACCGAUAUUGACGUUUGUGUUAAUAAAUUGGUUGAUAGAGAGACAAUCACCAAAUAUUAUUAUAAUAACAAAUUCAUGUGUUGUGUAAUUGGUAAUAUGUUGGAUUGUGCUAUUGAUAGUGGCAAGCUAAAAUGUGGUACAGAUUAUGAUAGAUUCAGACUUAACAUUGAAGCUGAAACCCAUGACUACAAUAAGGGUCAGUGUAAAGAUAAUCCCAUCAUUAGUGGACAACAUAAAUGUGAAAUACCUACAAAAUAA